GGGAGGAGCAUCGUUGAGGCUGUAGGCGCGGUGAGGUUCCGGGCCCCGGAGCGACUCCGGAAGGGGGCGGGGCGCCACAGGCCCAUCCCCAGGAUAGUUUUCCAGUCCCGAAGUGCCGGUCCAACGGGAGCUUUGUGUCCAGCAAGAUCGGAAAUAUGUAGCCGUUAAAUGUUAUUUUCCUGGAUAGAAUUUUGUUCGCUUUUUAAAAUGUAUUGGUUAAUUCUUAAUUGGUAGUCUUUUGGAGUUCCUUUGGUAAUUUUCUCUCCGUGAAAUAUUUCAUGUUGUGUAAACACCGAAAGACUACCUCAAGAGGGCUUGGGAUUAUUUAGUAAGGAGGAGAAUUUCGCUGUUUUAUUCGUUGAUUAGGCUUUAUCGUGAAAGCGUUUUAAUUUUGUGCGUGGCUUCCCCCUUCCUUCUCUACCCUAUACUGGUGAAUCUGGUACUCUGGUGACUGGGUCUACAGAGGCCCCCCUCUUACCUGAGCAGUUUGAGGUCCUUCACUCUUCCAGAUCUCAGAACUUCUGCUUUAUUUCCCUCGUUGUCUAAAUCCCAGCAUCCUUCAGAACCUGGCAAAAGCUCUGUCUCUUUCAGGAAGCUUUGUUGGCACCCUUAUUACCAAAUACUUUGAAGCCCGAGUACCAGAGCUUAUCUGAGGAAUUGAUGCCCUUCUGCUUCAAAAAGCACACAGUCUAGUUAAGGAGACAGAGAAAUAGAGUAACGACAGAGUGAUGAGUACUUUUACUAGGAACCUACCAGGCCUGUGAGAACACAGGGAAAGCUCCAGACCUAACGAGGGGAUGGGGGUGAGGGCUGUUGAAGCCAUUUCUAUACUAUAUAUUAGCCUUGAGUUUCCAGCUAGACUGGGUGCUUCUAGGAGGGGUGCAUGCCAGCACGAAAAACACUUGACCUGUUCUUUGCCCGGAGAGAAAUUCAGUUACAUCCUUGGUGGGGCCGGUUGUAAGGAUGAGAUGAAAUGUGGCAACUGUGGUGAGAUUUCAGAGAAGUGGCAAUAUAUUCGGCUGAUGGACAGUGUGGCACUGAAGGGAGGUCGUGGCAGCGCCUCCAUGGUCCAGAAGUGCAAGCUGUGUGCAAGGGAAAACUCCAUCGAGCCACAUCUGGGCACCUGGACAGGGCCAGGGUAUGGACCCGUCAACUUUGUCUUCUCUUAUGUUUCAGAGAUUUUGAGCAGCACCAUCAAAUCUUACAAUGCUGAAGACAAUGAGAAGUUCAAGACAAUUGUAGAGUUUGAGUGUCGGGGCCUUGAACCAGUUGAUUUCCAGCCUCAGGCUGGGUUUGCUGCCGAGGGCGUGGAAUCGGGGACGGUCUUCAGUGAUAUUAAUCUUCAGGAGAAGGACUGGACUGACUAUGACGAAAAAGCUCAGGAAUCUGUGGGAAUCUACGAGGUCACCCACCAGUUUGUGAAGUGCUGAACCCUCUUCCUGCACACUUGCCUCAAAGAACUGAGAAGGGACAAUGUGCCCCAAGCAGCAGAGCCCACUGAGGCUAAUCCCCUCAUCCCCUGUCUGCUGGAAGCUGUCUGAGCCCACACAGCCUGCAUGCUGGGCUCUGCCACAGCUUCCCAAGCAUCACCAAUAAAGCUGCUGUUUGUGCUA